GGGCGAAGAUGGCAGAAAGCGAAGACUACGAGUCCGUCUUGUGCGUCAAGCCGGAGGUCCACGUCUACCGGGUGCCCCCGCGCGCCUCCAACCGCGGCUAUCGUGCCGCGGAGUGGCAGCUGGACCAGCCGACUUGGAGCGGCCGAAUGCGUAUCACAGCCCGCGGCAGCGUGGCCUUCAUUAAGCUGGAGGACAAGAAUUCGGGAGAGCUUUUCGCCCAGGCUUCCGUGGACCAGUUUCCUGGGAUUGCUGUGGAAAGCGUGACGGACUCGAGCCGAUACUUUGUCAUCCGGGUUGAAGAUGGGAAUGGUACGACAG